AUUAUCUAAUACUUCAAAAGUGUAAAAUAAAAGUUUUAUUUGGUUUAUAUAAAUCUAAUAUAACGUUUUCCCCAAAAUAAGCAACAUUUUUGUUGUUUUAUAAAGCGUAACCAGUAAACCAAAAUCAACCGCUAGGGGGCAGUGUGGCCACAGAGUGCGCAACAUUCACACCGCGAGGAAGCAAACGAAAACACUGGCACGAGUACUUUCUGAACCUUGUACUAGUGUUAUAAAUGACAUUUAUUUAAUUUUGUUAUACAUUUCAUUUGUAAGUGACAGGCAGUGUAUUAAAAUGGCGUCCGGAUCCGCGCUUAUCUUCGACGAGGAGAUGACCCGAUAUAAACUACUCUGGACAGAUCCAGUGUGUGAGAUCGAGGUGCCCGAGCGCUUGACUGUGUCCCAUGAUGCCCUCGUGUCUUGUGGCCUGGCACAGAGAUGCAGGCAGGUGCCCAUCCGCCAGGCCACCGAGCAGGAGAUUUUACUGGUGCACAGUGAGGAAUAUCUAGAAGCUGUGAAACAAACUCCCAAAAUGACUGUGGAGGAGCUGAAGGCCUUUACAAAGAAGUACAAUGAUGUCUAUUUCCACCCGAACAUCUACCACUGUGCCAAGUUAGCCGUGGGUGCCACGCUGCAGCUGGUGGACAGCGUUAUGAAGAGAGAGGUCAGAAAUGGCAUGGCUCUAGUGAGACCUCCAGGACAUCACGGUCAGCGCUCGGCUGCCAACGGCUUUUGUGUGUUUAAUAACGUGGCCAUCGCUGCUCUAUACGCUAAAGAAACCUACAAUCUGAACAGGGUUUUGAUUGUAGACUGGGAUGUCCAUCACGGUCAGGGUGUCCAGUACUGUUUUGAGGAAGAUCCAAGCGUUCUUUAUUUCUCAUGGCAUCGUUACGAGCAUCAGGCCUUCUGGCCCAAUCUCCCAGAAUCAGACUACACCAGCGUUGGGAAAGGCAAAGGAUCCGGCUUUAAUGUCAACCUCCCCUGGAACAAGGUGGGGAUGACCAACAGCGACUACCUCUCAGCCUUCUUCCACGUUCUCUUACCCGUGGCGUAUGAGUUUGAUCCAGAGCUGGUGCUGGUGUGUGCGGGAUUCGAUUCAGCCAUUGGAGACCCAGAGGGUGAAAUGGUGGCCAGCCCUGAGAUCUUUGCCCAUCUCACCCAGCUGCUGAUGCCUCUGGCUUCUGGCAGAAUGUGUGCCGUCCUUGAGGGUGGGUACAACCUGACUUCUCUGGCCCAAUCAGUUUGCCAGACCGUCCAGACUCUUCUUGGAGAUCCGGCCCCCGAACUGUCAAGACUCAGUGGCCCUUGUGAGAGUGCUUUGGAAUCUAUUCAGUAUCUUCGCAGAGCUCAUUCCUCAUACUGGAGCUGUUUUAAACACUCAGAAACUAAUUCAGAAGCAGACGGCAAACGCCGCAAACUGGAAGAGACUAACGGUAACUUAAAAAUGGAUGAGAAACCUUCACCAGAGACAGAAGACAAGACGACGCAGGUUAUUGUGUGGCCCGAACCCGCUCCCAGAUCAUCGCCACCUGUGCGCACAGUUGUGGCGCCCCCUACUUAUGCGGAGGUCUCACUGCCAGAGGGCUGCCAGCUUUUGAGGGAAAUUUCACAAACGGCAACUGAAGAAGCACAAAGAAUCUGGGAAAAAGAUUUUCAAGACAUAACAACAGACCAGAAGAACCUCCAGCCCUUCAGAAAUAUAAUUUCAGUUCUUGACCGAAUAAAGAAUAAAGAGGUGCGUAACGGAUGUGUCCUGGUGUCUGAUCUGAAUGCGUCUGUACGCUGUGCUCUUCAACACUCACUGAUCCCUCUGGCUGAAAGGGUGUUGGUGGUUUAUAUUGGAGAUGAGACUUUGCUGGUCGACACCACUGAUGGGAAGAUCUUUCUGGUCCAGAUCUGCGGUGAAGACUCCAAAGAGGAAACGUCCAUGAGCCACAUGUCCUUGUGUUUGAGAGAGGGUGACGGCUUCACAGCCGGUUUCAUACAGGCAGCCCUGGGGUUGAUCCUACCUCUGGCCUAUGAGUUUAACCCAGGCCUGGUGCUGGGAAUUGUGGGGACGGGUAGUUGGAGGAGCCGUCUGCCACCAGUCUGGGGUCAUUUGACCGGUUUGCUCCAAGGUCUGGCGCAGGGCCGGACACUCACUUUACUGCAGGGUGAUGAUAAAGAUCUGAUGGAGGUUACAGUUGCCGCCCUCUCUGGUGCCCCUGUACCUCCUCUCGGGGCUCUGGGGGUCCUCAGAUGUGAAGAUGUGGAGAUGAUGGAAAAGCAGAGAUGCAGGCUGCAGAAGCGAUGGGGUCUUCUGCGGUGUACAGGUACGUAAUAGAAAGCUGAGGAAAACCUCUUGGAAUAUGAACCGAUCUUUGUUGGGGAAAAAAAAUGAUGUACUUUUUACUUUUGAAUGGCAUUAAAUUUAUAUAAAAAAAUA